CACGAAGAGCAGCGACGUAGUACCGUAAAUGGUAAUACAUUCAAAACGGACCUCUCUCUCUCUCUCUCUCUCUCUCUCUCAACUCGACAAACGCAGAAGCUCGCGAGAGGUCUUUCAAGGUAUAAGGAUUCUUCUGUUCCUUUGAUAUUCGAGCCCUCCUUUUUUGAUUUUCAAUCCAUCCUUCAUAUACACAUACAAGAAAGAAAGAAAGAAAGAAAAAAGAAAAAAGGAAAAAAGGAAUCAGGUUUUCCUUAUUCCCUUUUACGGGAUUUUUGGAUUUCUCUAUCCGGGGCAAGUCCUUAAAAAAAACCCUUCCCCACGAAUUCGCGAUUACACCUCUUACUCCGUGUAUACGCUUUCUUGUAUUGUUUUGGAAAUGGCUCGCCUUCGUCCCAGGCCAAAGCAGCCUCCCCUUUUCUCGCAGUCCGAGAUUGAGCAGAUGGAAAAGUUGUUUCCAGAAGUAGAGGAAGAAUCUUUGAAUCAAAAUUUCUACCAAAAGCUUGCAGAGAAACUCAAUCUUGCUUCAGGUCGGGCUGGAAAAACUGCUAUACAGUGGAAACAGGUACAAAGCUGGUUCCAGAGAAAGCAGCAACAAGCCAGUGCAACCAAAGUUACUUCCUCACCCAUUGUUUCAAAAGAAUUGGCCAUUCAUCCAGAUGCAUGUGUUUCAAACAAUGCACCUGAAAGUUCUUCUGACAUGCCUAAAGGUGAGAAGGGCCCAGAUGUAUCAGAGUUAGAGUUUGAGGCUAGAUCAUCAAAAGAUGGAGCAUGGUAUGAUGUUGCAACAUUUCUCACACACAGAAUUCUUAGUUCUGGCGAACCUGAAGUGCGUGUAAGGUACGUCGGUUUUGGUGCCGAGGAGGAUGAGUGGGUGAACAUCAAAAAGGCUGUCAGGGAGCGCUCCCUUCCACUGGAGCCUUCUGAAUGUCGGAAAGUUAACACAGGAGAUCUUGUCCUUUGCUUCCGGGAGAGAAGGGAUAAUGCCCGCUAUUUCGAUGCCCAUGUUUUGGAAAUCCAAAGGAGACUGCACGACAUAAGGGGUUGCAGGUGUCUCUUUCUGGUUCGCUAUGACCAUGAUCAUACUGAGGAGAAAGUCAAUUUGAGAAGAAUAUGCCGUCGCCCAUCAUAUUAAUCCCUCAGGCCAUGCUUAAUUUUGUGUUUUACUUCAGCUGGGGGAGGGGAGACACGAGAACUGCAAUUUGGUUGUAAAUGUUCAUCAGAAUUAUGAGGAAAGGUCAGUUCCACUCUAUCAGUUCUGUUGCAGGGAAUGUGCCUAUGUUACUGUCGGGAACGAUGAACAAGUAUAUAUAACAAGCAUGUCAUUUUGGGUAAUUAAUGUCAUCCUCUUUUCCGA